AUGAAACUCAGAAUACCUUCUCGCCAGUAGAUAUUAAUAGACGAAUAACAAAGAUAGUCAGCCGAGCUACUAUGCAGAAUGAUGCCUAUUGGAGGGUUUCUUUUGAAGAGGGCGUCGAUCCAUUAGACGUUAAUGACGGCGCACUUCCACAGUUUGGAGAUGACAAUCAUGGAUUUCUUGGUCUCAAGCUAGUUCAUACACAGUGGCGUUACGAUUUUGGCUUCGGAACUCCAUCAUGUAUGUUGUUCACUCGUAUUUACUGGGCAUUUGAAAACUAGAGCAAAUAGUUUGAUAACAUAUAUAUCUUUGUUUUAUGGUAAUAAGAAAUUAUUUUUCUUUCUAAAACUUUACCCAUGCAAGACCGUCGCGAAGGGAUUUAAGUGUAAGUGUGUUUGUAUGUGUGUGUGAGUGUGUGUGUGUAUGUGUAUGGGGGGGGUAUCUGGGUGUGAUCAGUUUAAGUCAAUUAUUCAAUUACAUGUAAUUCUGGAAUUGGACAUAUCAUUACUCUGACAAGAAUCAUGAACUUUUUCAAAGAGAAUAACAUGUUUCUGUGUUUUAACUAGGCAAUAUAAACACAUAAAGCACAUCGAUGCAAAGUGCCAAGCGGGGCUGAAUUGUCCAAAAUGAAUAAUAAUAUACUGUUAUUUUAACACUGUAAUUAACCAUCUCACAUUAUAAGUACAUCAUGUUGAGUUAUGAGUGGUUUAAAUGAAACGCACACAAAACAAGUACGUUAUAUAAUUUUAUUACUGAAAUCCAGACUGAAAUGUGUAUCACUGGAUUUAUUAAGAUAUUGUGUUAAUUGUCUUCGACAAAAUUCAUGCUUGUUGUCUUUGUUUCACGGUUGGCAUUAGUUGACAGCCGUGAAGUCGUAAAACUUGCUCUGACCUUGUUUCCAUUUUCAGUAAAAUCCCCAAACGUGUACUCUUUGCCAACUGAUAUACUGCUUGCAUUUUCGAUACUAUUUUUUCCCUUCGUUUCGUGAGCCUUUCUGCACAUUAUGUUCUCAUAUAGCCGGGUGCAUGGCUUUAUUUACUUAUAGACUUUGCUUGUGACGCCCGUAUUCUAAAAGCUCACUCACAUGCACUGACACUCAAUGAGUGGAGGUUCAAUCUGAGCUUCUCUUGAGUGUCAAUGCUGUUUUUGAAUAGCUGAAGGGUUAGUGUCGUACCUUGGUAUGUGACUACUCACCCUCCAGCUAUUCAAAAACAGCGUUGACACUCAAGAAAAGUUCAGAAUGAACCCGCACUCAUCGAGUGUGACUGUAGGCCCGUUUACACUAUAUAAAAUUUAGGAACGGCACGGCAAAAAAUCGGAAUGGUUCCGCUUCUGCCAGUAAAGGAAUGCUAUGUUUACACUGGUUAAUUUAAAAGCUUGAAAAUCGGACUGCUUCCGAAAUUUUGAUAAGUGGGAACGGUACGGGUAAUUUGUAUACUGAGCAUGCGUAUUAAUAGGAACCAAGAUGGCGGAGGUUUCAUCAUCGAGUCGAGAUCUAUUAGUUUUACUUGCUUUAUUGCGGCCAAUCUCGUUCCCCGAGCAUGCCCGUUCGCAGGUUAAGGGUGGGCCUAGCUCUGGAGAAAUCGAAUUGAUUCACGUUGAAUUUCCAACGUGAGUUCUACGCAUGCUCGGCAAUUGUUGCAAAAUAUAAAUAAAGUAUUUAGAAUUUCGCGUCGAAAAUUUGAUACUUUUUACACUGAAAUGGAAUUGAAAACAACUAAAAAUUCUGGGGGAAAUAUGUACGAAAGCUUCGGUUGGAUAUUGAUACAACUACCUGAAAAAUACAAGGAGAACUUCGACGUUUCGAGCGAACGCGUUUCGAUUUGUACUGUUAGUGUUUGUAUACAUCGUACUUGACCUUUGCUGAUAAACAUCAUCACCUCAACAACUCAUAAGUAUUAUAUAUUUUUAUGCUUUAAAAUUUACAUUUAACUCUCCUGUCAGAAUUUAUGGUAUACGUAGUGUUAGGUAUGACAGUAUAAAAGGUCAAGUAUGAAACACUAACAGCACAAGUCGAAGCGCCUUCGCUCGAAACGUCGAAGUUCUCCCUGUAUUUUUCAGGUAGUUGUAUCCUUAUCAAUCCGAAGCUUUCGUACAUAUUUCCCCCAGAAUUUUUAGUUGUUUUCAAUCGAUAUCGAUUUCAGUGUAAAAAGUAUCACAUUUUCGACGAGAAAUUCAAAUACUUUGUUUAUAUUUUGCAGCUAUUGCCAAUCACGUUGAAACUCCAACGUACUAUCUGGCGCAGAGUAUCUGCCGUUAGCCAAUCACAGACCUGAAUCAAUUCGAUUUCUCCAGAGCUAUGCCCACCCUUAACCUGCGAACGGGCAUGCUCGGGGAACGAGAUUGUAUUGCCGCAGAAAUCAACAAUCUCAAAUUGCAUAAAGUAUAAAUAUAGAAUAUUCAAAAGUAUUUAAGGGGCCAUUCACAAAGGAUGUCCGACCCGAGGGGGGGGGGGAUUGGAAAAUCAGGACAAAGUCGGACAUAGGCGGGGGGGUUAGCAAUCCGGAUGUCCGAAAUUUAAAAAAGUUCAAAAACAAAUUUCUUUUUCCCUCUCUUUUGAGCAGUCCUUCCCAUUGUGAAAUUGGCAUUUUGACUAUGCGGUUAACACUAGAUUUUGUUUUAAUUAGUAAUUUAUAUGUUUUUGUUUUCACAUUUACAGUUAUAAAAAAGUUCUAAAAGUAAAAAAAGUUUUUUUACUCUUGAUAUAUACAAGGUGCGUGAGUUUUUGCGAGGCAUGGCGGAUGUCCGGGGGGAGGGGUGGUGGUCACUAAUUCGGACAAUGCCGGACAACGGGGGAGGGGGGGGGGUCUGAAAAUCCAUCACUUGGCCGGACAUCCUUUGUGAAUGGCCCCUAAAUGUAUUAUAUUAAUACAGAAACCUACCAUUAGCGACUGGUAUAUCGCCCUAGUUUGUUUACUGGACUUGCUGCUAUCUAAGGAAAGCUGUAUACUUUCUUCUCCCCAUAAAUUAAUCAAAUCCAUCGUUGCAAUAUCCCAGUAUGGAAUGUAACUUUUUCGUGCACCGGACAAGCAAGUUGAUAAUUUUUUGUGUGCACCAUUGGUUGUCUAACCGGCCAAAAAUUUGUGCGCCGAUUGCCAAAGGCACGAGACAAGCUCCGAAGCAUAGACCGAUUUUGUGGGGGGCGCAGGGGGGUGCUACCUCCUCCCCAAUAUUAGCUAUAACCCCCUCAAACAAAAUGUCCACCCCUCUAAAAAAAUUCCACCCCCCCAAUAUUCGGCAUAAUAAAAAAUAAUUAAAUAGUCCACUCCAACGUGCAGAGUGUUGAUGGUACAAAAUAAACGUAGGAGUACACUCAAAUAAAAAAAGACAGUGCAAAACUGUGAAACUAAUCGCUCCUCGCUUGCAUUCACUGGUUUAUUGGAGCAAUUGUAAAGUUUUGAAACUCUAUUAUCUCCCCUGAAUAGAGUUUGUAGUGCCUUGUCAUGCAAAAAGCUUGCUUGCAUAGAACGUUUGCAAUUUUUGCGAACAUUAUUUUUAGUUUUUAAUUCUUUUAGGAAAUAGACUUGCCUAGAUUUAAUCUUUACGCCCCAAAUAUUAUUUACAUCAGAGUUGCAUCAUAAAUUGUACUCGGAUUCAAACGACACGUACAAUGUUAAUGACUUUAUAAAAGUAAGAGCAUAUUGUGUAUUGGCCUAUUGGGUUUACACUUUUACAGGUUCAUUUAACUUUAACUCUCUCAAGUCUCAACAGACAAUCGGACAUGCCAAAUCCAUUGAUAUAACACUCUUCAAAGAACUUUUUUUCGAAGCUUGAAAUCACGAUUUUUUUCAAAUUUUUCCAGGGAUACUUUGUUUUCUGCUCUCUAGACUCCCCCUCGUGGCUUUAGUGCUCCACCCCUAGAAUAUAGACCUCUUACUGGGGUUUGGUGACACUUUGUGUUGCUUCAGUCACCUACUCACGGCUCACCCCCCUAAAAUUUCUGGCACCACCCCAGUAAAAAAUAUGAAAAUCCGUCUAUGCUCCGAAGGGCGAGAUACCUCGGGGUGGAGGGGGGGGGGUGUAGGAUCAUCCACUCCCGAGAAAUUUUUAAAUUUAAAGUCCCUGAAAUGCCAUUUCCUGGACUUUGGCAGAAGAUUUUACACAAUUCUGAUGGUCAGAAAACAACAUUAUAAAAUCGAAAUUUUUCUCAGAAAGCUUUCGAAAUAUUAUUCGACUCAAACGCCCGUAAUCUAAGAGCUCACUCACACUCAAUGAGUGGAGGUUCAACUUAGCUUCUCUCGAGUGUCAUUGCUGUUUUUGAAUAGCUGGAGGGUUAGUGUCAUACCUUACUAUGUGGCUACUCACCCUCCAGCUAUUAAAAAACAGCAUUGACACUCAAGAGAAGCUAAGAUUGAACCUCCACUCAUCGAGUGUGAGUGAGCUUUUAGAAUUACAGGCGAAAGUUUCAAGUGGUCAGCAGUAUUUCAAAGUACUUCAUUUAGUUUAUGUUAUAUUGGAUCCUCGAUCCAUAGAUCAAAAGGGAAUAUAUUGUCCAAAGCGGCAAAACCUACCCCGCUCAGGUCUACACAUUUCCAGAAAUAGGUUUUACCAACUUUUGCCGUUAAAUCUAUUUGACAAAUUAAUAUUGGGAAUCCUGAAUUAUGCACCAGUGCGCCACCUUUAGUUAACUUGUUAUGUGUGCACCACCUGUGCACCACAUAUUAAUAUUGUAAAAUUUUGUGCACCAGAUUGUGCACCAAUGAAGGGUGUUGUGCUCCGGACAUGUCCGGUGCACACCACUUACAUUCCAUACUGGGCAAUAUCUGACCAUCGCCGCGAAUUCUUUUUUGUACUUUUGGCAGCCAUCUUGGAAUUCGUUCACAAGCAUGCGCAUGCAAGAUUUAUUCCGCGUGAAAGGCUGGGGCUAGUAAAAAACAGGAACGGUUCCGCUUGUUUUUGGGCAUGGGACCACCUAAAACGGUGGUCGUAAAAUGCUUGGAAAGUGAGGCACCGUACCGAAAAUUCAAGAAAGAACGGCAUGUUUACAUUGACAAAAUUAGCCUACCUGUUCCGAGUAAAGACAGGAACCGUUUCGAUUUUUUGCCGUCCCGUUCCCAAUCUUCAGUCUAGUGUAAACGGGGUUUGUGUGAGUGAGUUUUUAGAAUACGGGCGUAAGUAAAUGAAGUCUUAAGCUUUCGUAUCCCAGAAAUUAGUUUUUGGUCGUUUUCAAUUAAUAGGUUUUCCAGAUAUUUAUUGUUGUUAUAAUUUGCCCUAAAUUAGCGUAUUAUGAAUGCACAUUGAAAAUUUAUACAAAAAAUGUCCGGGCUGUGUGAAGCAGUGAUUUUUUUAGCAUAUAGUAAUUUCUUGUUAAUAUCCUUCGUUUUGAUUUUCAUGUUUUCCAGACAGAAGCGUUAGACUGAAAGCAUGGGAAGGCUUGCCUUCUGGUAGUGAUGACAAGCCACCAGUUGAAGUAAAGAAUAUUUUAUCACCAGUUUUUAUCCAGGCGGCGGAGGCCAUUAAGGCUUGGAUUUGUUACCCAUCAGUCUCUGUUCUUAGAGGGGAAAUAAUGACACCAAACUCACAGUAUGAUUGCAGAAUAAAAUUAAGGGCUGGUAUGUUAUUUCGGAUAAAACUUAUAUUAACUAACAUUGUAUUGAGAAUUAUAUGAAUACACUUACUUAUAAUUACCACUGGACAGUUUAAAAUGUAGUGAGGCGCGUUUCAAACGUCGAACUUCUCAUCUGAUCUGCCGAAUCUAACGUAAGAAUGCACUAAAUUCUAAAUAUAUAUUUUGUUUAAACUCAUGACUGUUGAUUCAGCACAUGUCUGAAACGUUCUACGUUUCAAAGAGCCCAAAUGCGUACCGUCUACCGCGGUAUUCUAAAUGGAAAGUUUAUAGUUUUAAAUGUCAACGUAUACAGUUCCAAGGUUGAACAAUAUAUCUCAUAUUAAAUUACUUUAAUUAAUUAAUCUUCACCAGUAAAUAUCCUGGGAAGAAACCUGGCAGUAUUCCUGCAAAUUAAGGGUAGUAGGCCUAUACACUUAGUCGAACGCGUGGCCAUCUUAAAAAUGUUCAUUUUCGGAGCUACUGUACCGUAAUAUUAUACUUCACUUGACGGACAAUGUCGUACUUUUUGCUAAUAUAACUGAAUGAGGAAUAUUGAAGGUUUUUCUUGUGUGUUGGUGUUGUGUACUCAGGUGAAUAUGAUGUUUGUGAUGUUACUCUGAGUAUGCAUCCACACUGGACAAGCUGAAAAGUUUGCUUGGCCACGGUGGGAAUCGAACCGGCGACCUUUGGGAUACUAGUCCAAUGCUCUGCCAACUGAGCUACGUGGUCAAGUCGGUCAGAGCAUUGGACUAGUAUACCAAAGGUCGCGGGUUCGAUUCCCACCGUGGCCAAGCAAACUUUUCAGCUUGGCCCGGCGUGGAUGCACACUCAGAGUAACAUCACAAACAUAAUAUUGAAGUUGUUUCCACAAAAAAUCCAGUAAAAAUCUUGUGUUGAUAUAGGUUCCCGUUAUGUGACCGACAAAGAUAGUGUAUGUAUUGAAGAAGACGCAAUUCUAUCGGAUUAUCUUUCCAACUGCAAAUUUGAUAGGCAGAACCAUCAUAUGUAUUUACCGGAUGAAAACGAGCAUCAAAUUCCGGAAGGUUUUGACUGCACUUUUUACCGCGAGGCGAAAGAAAGAAUGUUUCAAGCUACCGUUGAUGAAGAGAGUUUUACUGUUAUUGUGUUGGAUGAAAAGGGAUGGGAUACAGACUCAUCAGAUAAAAGACAUCAGGAACAGGUUUGUAUGCUAGGUUUGUAUACAGGUUUGUUUAAUUUAUGAUUGGCAUUUGUCAUUGUCUUUAAUUAAAUAAAAUAAAACAAAAUUACGAGUCUACAUGUAUAGAAACCUUAGACACAUGCAGGCUGACUUUAAUUUAACGUCUUGUCAGCGGUUGCAAAGAUGAACUAUUACGUACGUACAAUAAGAAUAUGUGAAAACUGAAGAAGAAAAAAUGCGAAUAAAUUUCAUCCCGAGACGAAUUUCACCCCGUGUUUACAUAAGAUUCUGUACUGACGUACUUAUCCAAAUGGUAAAUUCGUAUUUCUUUGUUUUAGUUUGGUAUAAGGGUUGUAAUGAAUUCGUGGUCCGAAGCACUCCUUUCAGCUGAACGACACUGGACGCCUGAGGAAAUACUGGGCAAACUAAAGAAUUAUAUGGGGUUUUUAUCUUUACUUAAAAAUUACUUUUUCGAUGGCUAGUUAGCCUGCGAACAGGCUCACUGGGAGAAAGGUGAGCCUGCACGGAACCAUGCGUUUUAUUCAAUCAUCCCCUUUUCGCAUCUGCUAAACGCUAACCAAUCAGCGUUGACUGCGAUAAAUAAACUGUCAACUGUCAAAUUGACGCAAGGCGUGUACAUUGUGCAACAUGAAC